AUGGCGCGGGAAUUGCAGGAGCCACUGGACGCCCUGGAGGAGCUUGAGCUCUUGGUGAAGAGCUGCCAGGAGGAUCUCUGCCAGUCGGUGGCGAAUGCCCGGCGCGCACUCCUUGCUUGUGGUGGGAAAAUCUGCUUGGACGGAGGCAUGGGCCAGGUGGGCGGUGAUGAACAUCCAGCACUGAAAAUCCCGGGGAUCAAAAUCGACGAAAGAGGCGACGUGCCGUCCGUGACGUGGGCCUCGGUCGAGAAGAUCAGCGCCGUCGAGAAGACGUCGCAGCCCAGCUUGACCCCCUGGGUGGACCAGGAGCUGCCUCUGCAUUCGCAGGACAUGGAGGCCUUUCAGAGGAGCCAUGAGACCUCCGACUAUCCCUUCACGAGUGAUACAGGCGAUGUUCCAGAGGCACAAGCGAUUUGCAAUUCCAUUCAAUCCUUGCGAUUACCUCCCCAGUCGCCCACGUCCUCCUCGCAUGGAUCGAAUUUGCCGCCCAUGGCGCCCGAGAACACGGGCCGGACCACCAAAGAUCGGCGCUCGUCGAAAUCGUCCACCGCGCAUGACCCCAGCUCGGUUCACUACAUGCCCAGCGAGAUGCGUGUCUCCGGACACAUGCGUCGAGAGAAGCUGGACACAGUCAUCGGGAUAGUGGUGUUGUUGAACUCGCUGACUAUGGCGAUGGAACUGGAAUGUGAAGGGCAGGUCGCGGGCGAGCGGGUUGGGAUGCCCGAACUGCUCCAGUGUCAUCACCACAUCAGCUUCUACAUCGCAGAGCACGUCUUUACCAUCAUCUUCGUGCUGGAAUUGGCUUGGAGGGUUUAUUGGCUGCGUUGGCGGUACUUCCUCGAGGUGCUCAACGUCGUUGACGCUUUUUUAGCCAUGUACUCCUUCAUCUACGUCUACGUCUUGACCAUGCUGUUGCAGUCGGUGAACCUGCAGCUGCUGCGCUUGCUGCGCUUGGCGAAGCUGGUGCGCGCCAUCCGCAUCAUGCGCACGCUGCGGCUCUUUCGAGGUCUGCGGCUUCUGGUGCAUGCUUGCUUCUCCUUCCUUCCCUCCCUGGCAUGGUCUAUGGCGCUCUUGAGCCUUUGCAUUCUCACUGCAGGCUUAGUGAUCGGCAACUUGCUGCAUGAGUUCAUCCUUGAUGAGACGAAGGAGUUUGAACAACGGCUCUGGAUCUGGAUCCACUAUGGCACAGCUUAUCGCGCCAUCUGGACCAUGUAUGAGAUGACUUUUGCCGGGAACUGGCCUCAAUCAGCCCGGCCGGUGCUAGAAAGCGUGAGCCACGGCUAUUGUGUGUUCUUCCUCUUGUACAUAACUGUCAUAGUCUUCGCCGUUUUGCGUGUGAUCACGGCGAUUUUUGUCAAGGAGACCUUGGAAGUUGCCAGCAACGAUGCCGAGCUCAUGGUGCAGGAAAGGAUGAGAAAGAAAGCUUCAUAUGUGAAGAAGCUUGAGAGCAUUUUCAAAGCUAUGGAUGACAGCGGCGACGGGCUCCUCUCAGAGGAAGAGAUGAGCGAGUGGCUCCUGGACGAGCGAGUGCAAGCCUAUUUGGAGAGUUUGGACAUCGAUGCCGCCGAGGGUGAGGCCUUGUUCCGCUUGCUGGCGAACGAUGACGGCGAGAUCACCUACCAAGACUUUAUUGCAGGAAUCCUUCGGUGCAAGGGUUCCGCACGAGCCAUCGACCAGCUGAUCUUGCACAACGAGGUGGAGCGCGUCGGGGACCAGGUGGCGAACCUCGCAGAGGCACUGGAAAAGGCGAAGGUCAUCCCGUCCUCGGAGAAGAAGAAACGUGUCGGACGUUUGAUGCAUCAGAUGACCCUCUUCCAACAAGCGAACACCACGACGUUCGAGAACCCGGUGCUGCGGACCGCUUCCAUCAAGUGA